CGCGCCCCUCCCCGCGUUGGCCCCGGACGCCCCGUUCGGACCCCUGCCGGCUCUCCUGCCUCAUCACGCAGCCUUGCUCGCUCUGUCUGCGCGGCCCGAGCGGCCGGCAGGUCAUCGGCGGCUGCCCCUGAUCCUCGGUUCGCCCUCCUUCCCCGUGGACACCCCCAGCUGCGCCAAGCGACCGCUCCGUCCCCACGUGGCGUCCAUGAACCCCCUCGUACCCGAUUUCCCUGCCUGCCUGCCCCCGCCCAGACCCCCAGACGCCUGUGCCCCAUCCGUGGUCUCCCCCUGCCCGCCCUCGUUCCAUGUUGCCGUGUGUCCGUCCCACUUAGUCUGCACAGAAGGAAUCUCCCCGGUCUUCGGCCGCGCCCGCCUUCCCCGCGCUCACCGCCUGUAGCCCGUACGCGCGUGCGUUCAGCUCCUAGAAACGUCCGGCUCUUAGGAAAAACCCCCGAAGCGCGCUCUCUCUUUCCUUUUCCCGGACCCACGCGGCCCCUUUGCGAUCUCUGCAUCUUCGGCUGGUCUCGUCCCUGUUGCAUGAGUGAGUGAUUCAUCCUCCGUUUUCCUCCCAGCGCCAAUGAGGAGACUCGGUCCAGCCGCCCAGCCCAGGCCAGUGGUGCAGGGAGAGGACGGUGCAGACGACCUCAUCCCUUUCGCCAAGUGCUCCAGGGUGGUCAGCCGACCUGCACCACCCCGCCUGCCUUCCCAGAGCCUCACGCUGAUGCCCCAGCGGUAUGGAGACCUCUUCUGGGAGAGCCUUAGCCAAAGGCCCAGCCCCACCUGGACGGAAGAAUGGCACAUCCCUCCCUCGCCGAGAGCCACUGGUUGCUCCCAGCCUGGCCUGUACCCCCUUGAGAGGCUCCCACCCCCUGAGGUGCUUUGCAGAAGAAAGAGAAGGAGGCCACAUUUGGCGGGAAUGCAGCAGGGACCUGCGGGCAUCCCAGCCCAGGUGAGGGCUGUCACUUAUCACCUGGAGGAUCUAAGGAGGCGACAGAGAAUCAUCAAUGAACUGAAGAAGCCUCAGUGGGACGUCUCGGGGGCCGCACCUGAGCCCCUGGCACCUGCCACUGCCGGCUGCGGAGUCCCCAGCGCCACCGAGUACCCGGGUCUGGAAGAGGCGAGGGCUACCUAUCCACAGGAGGAGGGCCACCCUCUCACCACUGGCAGGACCCAGCUGCUCUGGUCCCCCUGGAGCCCCCUGGGCCUAGGGGGGUCUGGUGUCCCCAGACGACUGGGCUCUCUGGCCUCCUACAGCGCUGUCCCAGCGGGCAGGAACCGCCUCCGCUCCCCCUGGGGCAUGGAGGUGCAGUCUGCGGAGUAAGGAGGAACCCCCAGG